AUGGAGCAAUUGCUGUCUUAUCUUCCCCCAUUUGAGGGCCUGCUCCCCAAAUGGCUCGUCUUUGUCUCCAUGGUCUCCGCCAUCAAUAGUCUGCAGGCCUACUGCUCCACCGAUUACACCUCCAAGCUAUACACCAAUGGUACCAUUGCGCUCGACUCUCUCUCCGGUCGUACAUUUGGCACCUGGACCUUCCUCUCGGCCGUGAUUCGCAUGACCGCCGCCUAUAACAUCGACUCGCCCAUCGCCUACGAUCUGGCUCUCUGGACCUACGGCAUUGCUUUGACACACUUCACUCUUGAGCUGAUUGUCGGCAACGCAUCGCUCCGUGGUCGCUUCUUGAAUCCGUUGAUUGUUGCGUCUGGGUCGUUGGCCUGGAUGUUUUCACAGCGACAGGCUUAUUUGAAUCUCUGA